UAAAGUCACCAGUGCAGCUGAUUCAGUCUCAGUGGUAUGUUGUGUUUCACUGUGAAAGGAGUGUGAUAUUUUAUAAGAGAGAGAGAGAGAAAGAAAGAGAGAGAGAGAGAGAGAGAGAGAGAGAGAGAGAGCUCCCUCAGGCUGGAAACAGGAUGUAUGUCCAAAACCACAGCAUGUAAAGUACACAGUGCACUAUUUAGGGAGUUUUUUAUGGCCAUUUUAUACCACAGUCAUGUUAGAAAGCACAGUGUAGAAUAUCUCGUGCCCUCCUGAGCUCCACCACACUCUGCAGUGCACAAAUCUUAUCACCUAGGAGUCUACAGUUAUUUUAGGGACUAGGGAUUAGCAUGCUAUGUGGCACACAGAGAGUGUGUUUGGAAUCAUUGUCUUAGUGACUGUGCCUGCUGGUCUCUCACUGAUGGUGUGUGUGGCACUUUUUGAUGAUGUCAUCUGUCUGUUGUGUAUUUCAGAUGAGUUCCUCACCAAGCAGCACUCUGCUCCCUCUCCCUCAGAAGUUCUGGCGUUCUCCCGGGAGAACCCACACUCAGCUUGUGACUCCUGAGGAGAACUUCAUUCCUGUAUCUGAGCAGCAUCUGGAAGUCAUGACCCUGAACCCCACUGUGCCUAAAAUGGGAGCCAAACCCCUGAGAGGUGCUCUGACUCGCCCUACUGAGGUUCCUGCUGGUCCAAGUGUUACAGAGUCCACGGAGCCGAAUCACACCGGAACCCCACUACCCUCGACUGUGACUGCUCAAGCCAGUGAACUGAACUACAGUACUGUAAACAUCAGCCAUGAUGGGAACGGGAAAGUUUUAAGGGAAAGUUUUAAGGGAAAGGAAUCGAAGCAUGCUCGCAUCAGGCCUCGGAGCGCUGAGGACGCAGAGAUCAAUGAGGAUGCAGAGAACACAAAGAAUGAUGGAGAGAAUAAGCGCAACACUGCCACCUCUGGUAAAGAGAAGAAAAAUACAGCAAAGGGAGGAACCAAAGGAACAAAAGAAGCAUUGAACAGAGGAAAGAAAGAAACAGGAAAUGGACAGAAUGCAAAAACAGAGAAGGUCCAAAGUGCAGAUUUUAGCUUUGAGUUUGAUGGUUUUGGAUGGCUAGGUGAUGACCCUGGAAACGCCCAAACAACACAAGGACCAAACAGCCCCGGUGACUCAAGCUCAAGCUCCAGUUCAAGCUCAAGUUCAUCAAGUGAAUCAAAAGACUCUAGUAGCUCCAGUGAGUCAAGUGACUCAAGUAAAUCUUGUGAUUCAAGCAAGUCCAGCAGCUCAAGUGACUCAAGUGACUCUUGCAAUUCAAGCGACUCCAGUGAUUCAAGUGAUUCAAGUGAUUCAAGUAAGUCUUGUGAUUCAAGCAAGUCCAGCAGCUCAAGUGACUCAAGUGACUCAAGUGACUCUUGCAAUUCAAGUGACUCCAGUGAUUCAAGUGACUCAAGUGAUUCAAGUAAGUCUUGUGAUUCAAGCAAGUCCAGCAGCUCAAGUGACUCAAGUGACUCAAGUGACUCUUGCAAUUCAAGUGACUCCAGUGAUUCAAGUGACUCAAGUGAUUCAAGUAAGUCUUGUGAUUCGAGCAAGUCCAGCAGCUCAAGUGAUUCAAGUGACUCAAGUGACUCUUGCAAUUCAAGUGACUCCAGUGAUUCAAGUGACUCAAGUGAUUCAAGUAAAUCUUGUGAUUCGAGCAAGUCCAGCAGCUCAAGUGAUUCAAGUGACUCAAGUGACUCUUGCAAUUCAAGUGACUCCAGUGAUUCAAGCAGCUCAAGCAGCUCGAGUGAAUCAAAGGAGACACCUGUAGUUCAUCACAGUUCAUCCAACUCCAGUGAAUGA